GUUCCAUCAGCGUACUUCAUGACGGACGUCUUCAUCGAGUUUGACCGCCAGCUUGGUAAGAAGGUGUUCAAGCCAGACCGCGCCAAGAACCAGAGUCGGAUGAGCUUGGCGGCAAAUGAAGCUGUCAUUAUGAAGAAAUUGGUUGGAGCCUUGCGAGGGUUGUGGCGGUCCAGCAAGGGCAAAGGACUUGAUGACAAAGUCACUGAGCUCAAAGGCUUCCUCCUGCCCAGCCCCCGUCCUGAAGGUCGCGCCCAUGAACCUCUUGAGGAUGAGGCUGAUGAGGAGGCUGAUGAGGAGGCUGAUGAGGGUCGCAAUGAGGGGGAUGAUGAGGGUGAUGAUGAGGCUGGUGAGGGUCCCAAUGAGGGUGAUGAAGAGAAUGAAGAACAAGGUGUGGAUGGUGGGGGUGAUCUUGAGGAUGCCCCCGAGACCAGCUCUGACUAUGAUGGAGAGCCCUUGAGUGAACCUUCUCAUUCUGUGCUUGGUGACCAGGAUGCACCGCGCACAGCGCCAGGACCUUCUGUCGUUGUCGAAGCAAGCCAGGCAAGCUCCGUCACGUCAGGGGAUGAUUCUGAGUUGAACGCUCCUACUUUGAGGGCCGUGGCUGGCAGGGUCGCCAUGGUUCAUUUCAACCAGGUGGAGAAGGCAGAGAAGGCCAGGGAUGAGAAGAAGCGGAAGCUCACGAGCGUUGAGCAAAUGUUGGUUGACGUCCGAAGUGACUUGGGGUUGUCGGAUUCCCCGUUGUGGCCAGACUAUGAGAAGUGGUGUCGCACUUGCUUUGCAAAGUAUGGGGACCACGUGUAUGGCCAUCUCGCUACGCUGGACAACUUCAACCAUUGGGUUCACCACCAAAAGUCCCAGGACGCCGAUGAUCAAGCUUCCAAAGGCGGAGGAGAUCAGCGCAAGGCGGAGAAGAAGCCUUUCAACAAAGCUCUCAGCGCAAAGAAAAUGGGCGAAAUCAAAAAGCGUGACCACUCGGCCCAGAAUGUGGUUGGUGAAGACAUGACCAAGUUCAAGCAAUACGAUUUGGAUAAGUUGGACAUUCCACGCGCAGCCCGGCCACCUGUUGAUGGCAACCACCAGGGUAAACAUGGCUAUACUCUGAAGCAGGACUCUGGAGCUGCUAUCGAGGUCUUGCUAAAGACCAAAGCGUAUGUGGUCAAGCGCACCUCUGCCA